CAAUCUGCAUCUGGCAGAAGAAAAACAAGAAGUGAUAGGUUUGUACCUGGCUGCAGGUCGUGUUAGGCUGUUAGCUUCCCAUGGCGACGACCAUCGGCGUCGUCAUCCUGCUCCUCAUACUCGCAUCCACACCGUUUCUGGCCGCCGCCGAUUUCUGCGACAACGUCAAGGCCGCCGGGGCCGCCCUCUCCCAGAACGCCUCAUCUUCCCCGGUACAGUUCGCCACCACCAGCUUCGGACAGGCCCCCGACGUUGUCUAUGCGCUCGCGCUCUGCCUCGGCAACAUCCUCGACGGCUCUUCCUGUGGUGCCUGCAUCACCAACUUGUUCGCUAACGUGAACCAGACGCAGUGCGACAAGGUGGGCUUCAGCUACGGCGGCAACUGCACCAUCGUCUACGGCGCCACCGCCGACAUCCUAGCGGCGCCAUCCAACACCACGGGGAGAUCCGGCGACAACACGCCACCCUUCCAGGAUUGGAACAUAAGGAACGUCACCACCGGAGACGUCCCCCGCAUCGUCAACCUCACCCGCGAGCUGCUGGUGAGGACCGCGGCGAUGGCGGCCACCACGACGCCGAAGCUGUACGCCACGGGCGUCAUGGACAUGGAAAGAGUGACAACCUACCCCAACGUGUACUCCCAGGCGCAGUGCACGCCGGACCUGUCCGGCGACGACUGCUCGGCUUGCCUGCUGCGCCUCCUCGGCAUGGUCAACUCCACUAUGUCCCUACGCAUGGGUGGGCGGAUGGGUGUCACGCGGUGCUAUUUCAGGUACGAGGCCUCUCAUUUCUACGACGCCCAGCCCAUGCUAAGCCUGCCGUCGUCGCCGCCGGGGCCGGCUCAGACUCUGACCAAACGCAGGAGCAUGCUUUGGGUGAUUCCCGUAGCUGUAGUUCCUCUAGCGGCAGCAGCGUUUCUCUUUUUCAUCUGUUAUUUUCGCCGGCUAAAAAGGCAAAGAAGAGCAUCAAGAGGUGCUCACAGUUUGGAGUGGCAAGGGAAAAAUUCGGACUUCUCUUUGUUUGAGUUUGAACAGCUACUGGAGGCCACAAGUAAUUUCUCAGAAGAAAGUAAACUUGGACAAGGUGGCUUUGGCGCAGUCUACAAGGGCCAUCUUCCAGAUGGGUCGGAGAUAGCGGUUAAGAGACUUGCUUCACAUUCAGGACAAGGUUUUAUGGAGUUUAAAAAUGAAGUGCAGCUCAUAGCCAAACUCCAGCACACAAAUUUGGUUAGGCUCUUGGGAUGUUGCUCUCAAGAAGAGGAGAAAAUACUGGUCUAUGAAUACUUGCCAAACAAAAGCCUGGAUUUCUUCAUCUUUGAUGAGAAUAAAAGAGUUUUGCUGGAUUGGACAAAACUUCUAGCAAUAAUUGAAGGAGUGGCACAUGGACUUCUUUACUUGCAUAAGCACUCUCGGUUACUUGUCAUACAUCGUGAUCUUAAACCAAGCAACAUUCUCCUGGACAGCGAAAUGAAUCCCAAAAUUUCAGAUUUCGGGCUAGCAAAAAUAUUCAGCUCAAAUGACACCGAAGAAGACAUUACAAGAAGAGUGGUUGGCACAUAUGGCUACAUGGCCCCUGAGUAUGCUUCGAAGGGCAUCUUCUCUAUUAAGUCCGAUGUCUUCAGCUUUGGUGUUAUCAUUUUUGAGAUCCUUAGUGGAAAACGGAAUUCUGGCACCCAGCAACGUGGAGGUUUCAUCAAUCUUCUUGGAUACGCAUGGCAAUUAUGGGAAGAGGGGAAGUGGAUUGACCUUGUUGAUGCAUCGUUGGUUUCUGAUAGUCACUCGGCAAAGAUAAGGAGGUGCAUUAACAUAGCAUUAUUGUGUGUACAAGAGAAUGCAGUUGAUCGUCCAACCAUGGGUGAUAUUGUUUCACUGCUAAGCAAUGAAACUAUGAUCUUGGCUGAGCCUAAGCAGCCAGCAUAUAUCAAUGUAAGAGUAGGAAAUGAAGAGACAUCCACUACUCAGGAGUCAUAUAGUAUCAAUGAUGUGAGCAUAUCUAUCACUAGUCCUAGAUAGUCUCCCCCCAUGUCAUGUUCUUUAACUGUCUAUUUGUAGUACAUUCACACCAACAUAAAUGGUGUAUAAUGUGUAAGUUUAAGUGGUAUUUCAAAUGUGUGGUUUAUGUACCCUAAGAAGUAUAAGAGAAGGCUUCGAAGCUACUUGCAGUAA